UUGGGGAAGGACUAGGCCUAACAUGGCGGACGACAAACAAGUUAGUGCCUUGAUGCGAAGGCACGAUCAACUAAAACGCUGGGAGGAUUCGGAUACCGCAAAAGAGUCAAAUUGUCCCAAAGCAAAAUCUCGCAAAGUUCAAUUUCAAGAUGGAUGUGUAUUUCUAGCAGCAUGUUCAAGUAGUGACACGGAAGAAGUGAAAAGACUUUUGGAGAGGGGUGCCGAUAUCAACACAGCAAAUGUUGAUGGGCUGACUGCCCUCCACCAGGCCUGCAUUGAUGACAACCUGGAUAUGGUAGAGUUCUUGGUUGCCAAUGGCGCUGAUGUUAAUGUCUGUGACAACGAGGGCUGGACUCCCUUGCAUGCUACUGCCUCAUGUGGGUUCACAGAAAUUGCAAGGUACCUCAUUAAGGAAGGUGCAGACAUUGCUGCAGUCAAUAAUGAUGGUGACCUUCCAAUUGACAUCUGUGAAGAUGAAGAGAAAAUGGAAAAUCUCUUGCAAGAAGAAAUGGACAAACAGGGAGUUGAUGCAGAUGCAGCGAGGCGAAAUGAAGAAGAAAGAAUGCUGAUGGAUGCAAACCAAUGGCUAAACAGUCGGGUAGUCAAGGAGAAGAAACACCACAAGUCUGGUGCGACUGCUCUGCAUGUCGCAGCAGCCAAGGGCUACAUCAAAGUCAUGAAUAUCCUGAUACAAGCUGGUGUUGAUAUUAAUGCGGAAGACAAUGAUGGGUGGACUCCGCUUCAUGCUGCUGCUCAUUGGGGACAGAAUGAAGCCUGUAUAGUCCUUGUGGAAAACAUGUGUGACAUGGAAAAGAAGGACCAUGCCGGACUAACACCUUUUGAUAUUGCUGAUACGGACAUGGUCGUCGUGUUAGAAGAUCUGAAGAAGAAACAAAUUCAAUUGAAAAACAAGGCCGCUGAAAUGGAUCAAGAAAUAAUCCAGACGAAGGGUCAGACCGGAAAGAGAAGGAGCUCUGUGACUCGUAUGAGUGGGGAUCAGAAGCAGAAUGUUCUACACAGGUCAGCUGAGCAAGAGCGGCCACCUUUCGAAGCCAAUCUUUUCCACAACAAGGAGGACGACAAAAAGGCCGAGAGUUAUAACGAGGAAGAAGGCGAGUCGGAGGAGACCGGUAAAGAAAUAGAACGGAAGAACGAACUCAACAAACAGACAUCUCAUGUGGAGAAGCCUUGGGAACAAGACUUCACCCCCAGCCACGCUGGAGUUGAUCUCAAGCGAACUGAGAUGCCCAAAAUAGAUGAGGUUUCGGAAAGUGAAAACAUUUCACGGUCAGAUGAGACUGUAAGAAAUGGCGAGCAGAAUGCCAUCGUAACUAAAAUUGAGGAUGAAACUCCAGCAGUGAUUAAAGAUUCACCCGCCACAGACACACCUCAGUCUAAUAGAGAAAUCUCUAAUUCUGUUAAGGAUAAUAAUAAGACUUCUUCAAAGGAUCUUGUAUCAAGGUCCAUUAGUGCACCGUCAAGUCUUCCAACUGAAGAACAGGGAUCGAAAAUUUCAAUGAAUCACACAUCGUUGCUGAGAGAUCGUAGCAUCCACUCGUGGCGAGCUGGCCUUAGAAAGACCGGAUCUUUGAAUAUGGUUAAUGAUUCAAUAAACAAGGCAAAAGAGGAUGGCACAUUUCAUGUACCUGCAUCUAACCAUUAUCCUCAUAUCAUAGAAAAUGAUCACUACGGCAAUCAGCGCAAUGUUGUGAGUACGUCAUCUGUGCCCAGUACUACAGCUGAGGUGAAUCAAGAUAACCGUCUUGCAGACAGACAUAGUUUUGUUAGCUCGUACGGUCGAUCUGCUACCUCCCCUUAUCGCAGCCUGCACUCCACUGGCAGCUCAUACCAAUCUGCAUACGUGCCCUACUAUCGCAGGCAACAAGAGCAGAAUGAACGCAAGGACAGCGGCAAGGAGAGCGACAAGCAGCAGGACGAUGUGCUGCUGCGGUCGAGGACGACGACAACAACGGCGCCGUCGACAACCGUGACAAUACCAGCGUCAGUGACGACAGCCAGCACCACCAUCUACACAACUACAACAGUCACAUCACCCACAUCCAACAUCUCAAUGUUCAGAAGAUCUUAUGAACCUCCCAAGCGUGAUGAAGAAGCAGAAACUCAGCGGAAGGCCAGAGCCAAGAGAGCAAGAGAAACCAGAAGGUCAACACAGGGUGUUGCUUUGGAAGACGUGGAACAAGCGCAGGAAUCAAUAAAACAUUCGUCCACCGAUCAGGAUAGGGAAAAAUUAAGACUUCAAAAUAACAAAGAGACCGAUAAAGAUAAUUCUAGUGUGUCUAUAACAAAGAGAGACUCAGUACGGGACUCUCAGAAAGAUUCUCUCUCUGAUAGAACUAGUUCUAGUUUGUCUUCCAAAGACACUCCGGCCGACGAAACGUCGACUUACCACCGCCGCUGGGAAGACCACCGAGAUGAUUCUCGAAGCAGCUUUCGUCGAUCUCGAGAUUCUACACGAGAUAAUUCAAGUAGUUUGGGUAGUCAUACGUCAGAUAGCAUAUCAUCUUAUAUACCUCGUAGUCAGCGGAAUGCUGUCACUAGUUCUGACCCCGCCAACACAUCUAGUCUGACGGCAGGAAGCACGGGUCUGUCCCGCACGUCAUCGUUACGCAGUCGCAUACGGAAUGGCGAGCUCGAUGACACGCGCAAUGAGUUGUCGUCGAAAGAACACAAAACCGAUACCAAAGAAGAUAAUAAAGAUGAAAGUAAGAAAGAUGGCCAUGAGGAGAAAAAAGAAUUGUCGUUAGUGCGUGCACGGCGGGCGAGGCGAGAACGAAGAUCAACGGGUAUAGUCAGCUACGAUCCCGAGAAUGAUGAAGACAAGGAGGGGAAAGAAAACAAACCUGAAGAAUCAAGUAAAGAAGAUCAGACAGAUUCUGGGUCAAUAGGCUCCCGCUAUGGUUCUGGUCGAUACAGUUCCACAGUAGAUCGUCCAAGUUCCUAUUCUGAGUAUUCCAGAUCAACCCCUGCUUUGGAUACAGAUUAUAAAAAGUUAUAUGAUGAGGAAAGGUUAACCAAUGACAAAUUACGAAAAGAAAUUGACCAGCUGAAAAAGACCGAGGAGACCGAAACGAAGAGGUUGCGGAAGGAACUGGAACAGACAAAACGUGAACUACGAGAAGCCAAGGCCGAGUUAGACAGAGUGAUGAAGAGAUCAGAGUUGGCCAGGGAUUCUUCAGACAAACGGGAAAAAAGGGCAAUGGAACGUAAACUCUCUGAACUAGAAGAGGAGUUAAAAAAAAUGGACAGCCUGAAAUCGGACAACAACCGACUGCGAGAAGAAAAUGGAGCUUUAAUCCGUGUGAUAAGCAAGCUGUCUAAGUAAACAAAAAGACCAUGCUGUAGUCAGCCUUUUUCCUCAUGAUUUUUUUUUUUUUUUUUUGUCUUUCAAAAAAGCAUGAGAGAAAAGAUAGCCCUUUUGAUUGCUAUAUACCACGCUGAAUGAUAUUUCGUCCAGCAGCAGCAGUCCGACGUGAUGAAGAAGCCAAGCGUUUUAGUGUUUGAGGCACUCGUCCCGUGCCAUGUAUGUCUUCCAAGUGUUCCACAAACCUAUUCCCCAUGACAUUCUCUCAGUGAGGACCCUCCUGGGGAACCCAACACAAGCUACGAGGGACCCCUCCUAUGCAAGGUUUCCUAUUUGCUGUUGUAUGUUGGCAGUUAUAGUUUAUAUAAUUUGACAUGAACAUAUGAUUCUCCUUUUUUCAGAUUUUUUUUUUCAGUUUUUUUUUUUUUGUGUGCGUGCAUUGUUAACCAAAUUUUUUCCCAUUUCUCUUAAAUGAUUUCCCUCAUCUUACAUAGACACUGUGUGUUUAUUCCUUUGGCCCCAGUUAGCUGUGUUUGAUUUGAAGUUUAUUUCAAACGAGGACACCCAUGGUCAUUUGUACAAUAUUUAAAGGCUUUGUCUAUGUUAUUUAUAUAGUUGAGAUGGCUGGUAUUUAUUUAGAAGACAUUUUUCAUAGGGCUUGACAUUGGUUCUGGAGCUGAAAUAGUGCUUUUUUGAAAAAACAGUGCUGUGAUUUUGUGUAGAAUUCGUUCAGAAUCUGAUCAAUUUAUGGAGGAAAAAAAUGACAAAAACAUAUUACAAAGAAAGAAACAUUUCUUAGAUUUCUGUUUUUGUAUAAUUUCGGGGGGAAAACUUCAACACACCACUAUAUGGGUUGUUAAGUGCUUUUUUUUGUUCUUUUGCCUUUUUAUGUGGUUAUUUUUUCUUUAUUUCUCCUCUCUCUCUCUCUUUUUUUCGAUUUUGUUUUUCGUAAAGGUUUUUAAGGUUCUCGUUUAACUGCAUGAACCUUCUUAAUAAGUAUGUGGCUUAAUCAAGGAGCAGAUAACUUUCACUGCCAACAUACCAGAUGAAGCAGGAGAGGUUCGACCGUCGCCCGCGGCGACAUGCACCCGACACAACAAAGCCAAGAGAUCUGUUGCAAGUGAAACAGAUUAGGACAUUUGUUAUUUUUAAUGUACGGCAUUGUUGUGUGUUUCUUUUCGUAAUGAACAGUGAAUACAAGUUUAUUUUUUAUCAAAGCAGACUGUGUGGCUUAUGAUAUUGUAGAUUAGUUAUGUAAUUACUUCUCGUUAUGCUGUUACUAGAUUGGAGUACGUAUACUAAGUCUUUUCCCCCGCAGAUCACUGGGUGCAGGCUGGUCAGCCGAGGUCUUGAAAGGUCAAGGUGUUUCAAACCUGUUACCAAGGUGCUAUAUAGGUCAAAUGUUUCCAUAACAACCAACUUUUUUUUUUCUUUUCCCCCCAUGAGCAAAAUGUGAUAUUAAAAAGUCUAAAGUGAAAGACAUUUGUGAAAAUUAGUGUUUUACUAGAUGUAGUGAUAUGAUUGUCAAUAGAUUAGAUGAUGUUUUGUUUUAUUUUUAUUUUUGCUUUCAUCAGCAAUCUGCUUUGUACUUUUAUGAGACUUCAAUUUGAAUUUUUUUUUUCAAACACUAUUUCGAGAGAGAUUAAUUAAAUAAUUACAAAUACUACACCAUAUAAUCAUGUUAGUGUGAGAAAAUGCUCCUCAAAAUUAAGUCUUGAGAAAUUUUCUCCUUAUGCUUAAACCAUUUUCAAAGUAGGUUACAGUGGUAAUUCCAUGUCUUUCUGAUGUUUGUAAAUCUUCCAUAAUAACAAUCUGUAAUGCAGAAAGAAAAAACCUCUUUGAACAACUAGUGAUAUAACUGUAUUAAGUUAACGCAAGGUCACAAGAAAACAUGCAUCACUUCUAGUACAAACUCUAAACAGAUAUUUACAGUGAAUAUUCUACUGGAUUUGGGAAAUGUGAAAAUCUGCAGAUAAAAUUACUUUUUCAAGUUCGUAUUUCUAAUAAUAAUGGCAUUAGGAUGCAUUGUCUUAAUUGUAACAUGCUGGUUACUAAGUUUCUAAAGAUGUUUUGUGAUAGUUAAGAUUUACUUUAGGAAACUAUUUGGUCUAAUGACUAAUUAUGCAUGAUUAUUAAUAUAUUACUACAAUUAGUACUAGAAGAUCCAGAAACUAAAUAAUUAUGUCUGUUAAUUAUGUUUUUGAAAAUGAAAAAGUAUGUUACUCUAGGAAGUUGAUUUAAAACAAAAUUAUUAAACACAAUUUGAAUUGUUUGGGGUUGGACAGCAGUAUGAAAGGUAAUUACAGAUUUAGUAGAUGAUGUUAGAAUUACUAGGGGCAAAUCUGACCUCGAGCUUCUACCAUAAGACACAGUGCAAAAAUGUAUGUGAGCAUUCAAGGUCACUGUUUAAUAAACUUAAUACAUUCAACUGGACCUUACACUAUUGGGCUCUUAAUACACAGAGAAUGCUUAGGAUUAUUUUGAAAUAACUAAGUUAAAAGACAAAAGAAUAACUUUAUUUAAAUUUAAAUUUCACCAGUUAACUUGCAUGCAGAUGUUAAAAUUAAAACUUCCACCAUUGGACUCUAAAGACGAUGACAAGAUAUUGAUGAUGUGAUACUGUUAACCGUACACUGAAAAUUUAUAUAUUAUGCUAGGUAUUUCUUAAUCAGGUUUAGGUUAUGUGGGUGUGUGAGGGAAUGGUAGUGUUAUUCAAACACAUGACAUUCAGCAGCAAGGGUAAGCAAGGGUAAUUUUUACGAAUGAUUUGAUUGGUUCCCAUUUUGGUCAUUCAGUUUAUCAUGAAGUGUAAAAAACUAAUUUAAUUAGCAUUUUCCAGCUCUGUCUAAACUCAAGGUUUUGGUAUUAGUUGACGUAGACAAAAUGAAUUAUUAAACCUGCACAUCCAUCUAUCGUUUGUUAGCGCAUAGUUGCACACUUGGUAAAAUACAACUAAAUACUAGUUUCUUAUACUGAAAUCAUUGAAGUUCCAUCGAUUUGUGUGACACUACGUGCCAAGUUUGAUAUAGAGCUCGUCUGUAAGCAGAAUGCUGCUUUGUGGCGCAUGCCCUUAAAUUGUAUUUUUAAAAUCUGAGAUUAUUUGUUAAUCGAAAUUGUUUUCAUUUCAUCUUCAAAGAUUUUUUUUUAAGACAGAAAUAUGUAUAUAUUUAUAUAGAUUAUAUAUUCAUGCAAUUUGUAUAUAUUGUUGUACAUUUUCAUGUGGAAAUUAUUUAUUAUAUUAAAACCCUUUAUACAAUGUGUUUCGUAAUGCUGUGAUCUCGACACGAGAUAAUUUGUUUUAUGUGCAGCGUGCUGUUUGUGUUGUUAAUGUUGAGAAUGAAAGCACGUAUGAGGUUGAAUGAAUAAAAGUGUGAACCUUUUUCAGUAUGUAAAACCAGUACAGUACUUCCUUAGCCAGCCUCUCGAGCUUUGGAAGAUUCAUUUUCAACAGCAGUUUCUUGUUAAUAAUGGUAUCUCUUGGAAGGCUUACAAUGACACACCUAGUGUGUUAUUGUCACUUUGUCACAGUAAAAUACAGCUUAGCUUUAAAAAAUGUUUUAAAAAUUUAACGAGUUGUACACAUGAAAUCUUUCUUGCCAUCGGCUGUAAGUGCUUGAACAUUGUACAUCAGUAAUCGUCAACCAGUCUAGUUCUCAGGUGAAGGUCGGAUGAUUUUUUAAAUUCAUUUUUACCUUUCACCUAGCCUGGUCUGGAUGUUCGAUUCACUUUGGAUGACACGUUGGAUCCAAGGCUUGUAUGAUCAACAUGUGCUUUCAAGCUGAGCAGAAAGAUUGCUCGUAGACAGCUUACACCUGACAACUUGUUAUUGCAUUGGCUGUUCUGUUUGACAUCAUUGCAUAUGUGGCCGUGACCUUGUUCUCUUCACGACCUCCAGGCCAUGCUGUCAUGGCAACGUAACCUGUGGGCCGUCUGGAAGCAGGUUCUCUCUUGUCCCCACGGGUGACAUGCUGGACCCGUGGUUUGCAUGAUGUCAUCUCACACAGACCAUGCUCCUACUCUUACAUAUCUGAUCAUCGGUGUUGUGUGUUGGAUGUUUGUGUUUUUGACUCUGUGCAGUUGGGUCUAUUGCAAUGUUUGCUGAAGGAAGUCGGUCCUUUUGUUGUUGUCGGCUACGCAAUAGACCUCACUGCGCAGAGUGGUAAUGUGUACUUUGUAUAUUGGGUUUUGAUAUAAUCGAUCCCAUAUGCAUUGUACAUGUUAUACUAUUGCAUGAGACCAAAAAUAUUUUCAGAUUUCUGGCUCAACAUUAACUUGUAGCAUUUAAAAAAAGAUAAACUAUAUAAAUUAAAGAAUAUCUGCUAGAUUAGUUAAAGAGUUUAAGUAACAAGACGUAUGGCCAGAUUGAGUUAUAUAAACAAAUUAAUAUAUUGGGUCUAGAAAGUCAGCAGGUCACUAAUUUGAAUUGUUUUCGUAAAUGUGUAGACCACAGGCUGUUUUUGUCAAUCGACGCUCGUCUAUUUUUUUUAGAGUUACUCUGGUAGUCAAGUGGUGAAUUUAAUAUUAGAAUAUUACACUUUAGCCAACCAAGUUGUGUUCUACACUGGGUUUUCUUUGGAUUUCAAAACUGGUUGGAGCCUGUGGCAAACAUUAAUUUUGUCAUUAGUGUGGCCAUGGUGGAUGUGCAUUCCUGCCAUCUGUUGGAAUUCGCUUUGUGGCUUUGUUGCUAUGACAACAUUGUAUCCACAGUUUGGACCAAACAAUGGCAGUGAUUUGCCCUGGGGUGACAUGUUGGAUCCCAGGCUUGCAUCAUGGCUCACGAUGGCAAUAUUAUUACCUGCACUGAAAUACUUUAUAAAAUAACCAAUAUUUGACCAUAACUAGGAUUUUAAAAAUACUGAUCACUAAUUAUAAUUAAAAUGUUAAAUUUGUAAACUGAUUAACAGUGAAGACCAGCCAUGUUUAUAUUAAAGCUUAGCAGUUUUUACUAAGGGCGGUUGGAAGGGGAUGGGGGGGGGGCAUUGUUUCUGGUAGAGUAGAAAACAAAUUAAUGUUGAGUCGUCUAGCUGAUCCUGAAUGUUGGCUACUAUCACUGCUAACACUUGCUCAGUCAAACAAAUCUGGGAACAUGAUUUCCAUUAAUCAUUUUGGUUGUUUUUGCCCACAGUUGAAUUAUUACCAUAUGCAUUUGCAUAAAGGCAGCUACCAUGCUGAGGGUCAUCCAUAUAUGGUGCUUUAGAUGGCUUAUAAUAAUCUCGGCUCCCACUACAUAGAGUGUUGUUUUAGAAGGACAUCAAAUCAUUGUUGACCUAAAACCGAACCAUCAAGGAAGAAUAUUCUACUUAAAAGUUGUCCUUUGCUGAACAGAUUUCAUGUACGGCAGUUGAUGUCUGUGUUGACACAGUGGUCAAAAACUAGAGUAUGGCAUGAGAGCAUCUCUUUGUGGAGAACUACAGUAGAAUUGCAGUGUAUGUGAUGUAGCUUUUGUCGAAUAUAUUAUAUUCAGUUUCUUUUGGCAUCUUUCUCAAGUAUUCACAGGGCCCGCAUAGUGUAUUUGAAAGUGAGGGUGGGGUGGGGGGGUGCACACUCAGUCCAAUGAUCCGGCGGAGACAAAUGCAAGGGUCCAGAUGACCAGACUGCUUAAAUGAGAUUCGGGGACAGUCAUCCCUAAGAAUUUUUUUAAUUUCAGUGUUCAAAUACGGCAUUUCAAGCAUUCGGAGCACAAUAACAAGGUAAAUCAGGGUCAGUUUCAAUUCCUGACAUUUUGAUCAAUUCAUACAAAAAUUAAAAAUGCUGAUGGUUCAUCCAUCAUCUAAUUUGUAAUUUACUUAGAAUGUAGUAUCUCAAUAAUUGCUAACAUUUUACAAAUUAAUUUUGUAUUUGAUUACUUAAAAAAAAAUAUAUAAAUAAACCCAGGCUGAAUGAUAUUUAAAUAAUGGUAAACCUUUUUCUUUUUUUACAAGACCUUAAUUUUUUUUUAGAAUUCAGGUCCAAAAAAUUUACUUCUAGUAAACUAUUUUCCACAUAAAAUGUCUACUUUUAAGAAAAUAAAAUUCCCCCCCCCCCCCCCCCCCCUUUUUGAAUCCAAUAGAAAUUGAACAUAUUAUAUUCUGCAGUUUGAUUAUAGUAUCAAAUGUUAAUGUAUUGAAGAUAUGAAGUAAUGAGUUUUUAACACUGUGAUGUUUUUUUCUCUUACUGGGAUCUAUCUAUAUAUGUUGGUUGCUAUGGAAACAUCUCCCUAAACAUGUUUUAUAAGUAUUGGUACACAGGUUGAGCAUUAUUUGGAGGAAAUGUGUUUUGUAUGUGGCUUGCACCUACUGUUUCGGAUAUCUGCACAGAAAUGACAAAAUGUGGUUUUUGUGUCAUGACUAUAUUUAUUUAUCAUGACUUGUCUUAACAUACAAGCUUACCCCAAGUGCCACAACUUACUUUGUUUUGCAUAUUGUGGAUAAGUGUUUGCAUUGUAAUUGUAGGAAUGUAUAGCACUGAAAUAACCUACCCACUUAAAUAAACAUUUUUGGAUUUCC